UCCUUGUUUCUUUUCUCCUGAAAUUUGAGGACUUUUAGGUGAAUUUAUAUAUUUUUUUUUAUUUUAUCAAACCAUUUCUUGUUUUGUUUUUAAUUAUUUGGUUCUUUUUAAUAUCGGAUAAUCCGCUAUUAUAGGAUAAACCUACAGGUUUCUGAGAUGCAAUUUUCUUUCUUAAGUUCGGUGAUCUUUCAUACGAUAGUUUUCCUCGUUAUUUGAUUGCCGCCAACUAUUGUGUUCUGGAAAAGUGAUGAGUAUUUCAAAAACCAGCAUUUAAUUUUGCGAUUGUAAAAUCCUUGUUUUUGCAUGCAAUAGUUUCUUUGAUUUGUCUUCUUGAUUUUUUUAUUUUCUAUUUUCAUUACUAGCAUUUUUUUUCUUCAUUUUCUUAUGUAAACAAAAAGAAAACACCCGACUUCAAGAUCUAUGCAACUUACAAUGUCAAGCUCAAGUAUGAAAAGCCUAUUGAAAGGCCUCCGAUACAUUUCUCAAGUAUUUGAAAGUGGAAAAGAAGAAGAAGAGAUAGAGAUAGGGAAUCCAACGGACGUAAAGCAUGUAGCCCAUAUUGGUUGGGAUGGACCAUCCUCUACUCCUGCCUCCGCACCAAGCUGGAUGAACGAGUUCAAAGAUGGUGCUGGAUUAGAAUCUGGACAAGGAGGCGGAGAAGAUGAUUCCUCCGCGAGAUGUAUGUCGGAAUGUGGCGGUCGGAUCAGAGAUUUACCAAAAUUACCAAAAUCUACGAGGAAAGCAGCUUCCGAGAAAGGUUCUCCAACAAGAGAAAUAUCAUCGGACAAAACUAAACGUCGGUCGUCGAAAAAAGGAACAACAUCAUCGUCAAGAAGACCAAAAGAAGUGUCUGAACUAAACGAGUUUUCUUCUUGGUCUAGUCCAGGAACAGGAAGUUUACCAGAAGUUCCGAAGAAAUCAAGGAGGAAGAAGAAGACGAAGGAAACUGGAGGAGGUUCAACUAGAUCGAUCGGAAGAUCUGACGUGGAUAACAUGUCUGAAACUGGUUCUGUGAGAUCUAUGCCUCAAUUCGACAACAGAGAUGACUUUUGAGAAGGAGAGACAGAAGAAGAGUCUUUCCUGCUUGGCUAA